CACACACACACACAGAGGACAGACCCAGUGAAGACUGAGGGGACUUGCUGUUGGUUGCUUUCCUUUGGACAAUGGCUCUUUUACCCACCAGCCUCCCUGCUAAUUUCACCACCCUGGCUGAAGAUGGAAACCAGUCAAAUUCUAAUAAUUGCUCACUUCAAUCCAACAACUUAUCAAUAUCAAGCAUCACAGCGUACAUCCUGUCCAUCUCUGUUCUGGGAAUUGUUUUGAACAUCUUUGUGCUGACGGUCUUCGUCCUCCAUAAGAAGCCCUGCACCGUGGCUGAGAUCUACCUGAGCAACCUGGCUGCUGCCGACCUGUUCCUGGUCUCCUUCCUGCCCUUCUGGGCCGCCAACGUUUAUCAUAAGUUUGACUGGAUUUUUGGUCUUGCCAUGUGCAAAAUGGUCAAUGUGAGCAUCCUGAUGAACGUCUACUGCAGCAUCUACUUCGUGGUUCUGAUUAGCAUCGAUCGCUAUUUGGCCUUGGUUCAUCCACUGUCCCUUGAAAAAAUGCGUCGCCCAAAAUUUGCCAAAAUUUGUUGUGCUGUGGUUUGGAUUCUGGGAUUAAGUCUUAGUAUUCCCAAAUUUAUCAACAGGAAAUUGGUAUCUCACAGAAACAUUACUUCCUGUAGUGAACCUGAUGAAACUUUAUUCCAGGCGACUGAGUGGAUGAUUUUGGUGUUGGGGUUUUUCAUUCCCAUUUCUAUUAUUUUCUUUUGCACUGCCAAAAUCCUCAAAGCUCUGAGGAACAGAUCUAUCCAAGACGUAAAUGCAAAGAAAAUAGAUCACAAAGCCAACGCUUUGGUCCUGGCUGUCCUGCUGGCGUUCCUGAUCUGCUGGGUCCCGUUCCAUCUGCGGUCCAUGCCAACCUGGCUCUAUAAGGCCGGGCUCCUGGCAGAGUGCAGCUCUCAGAUCAUCCAGCACUUCUGUGGGCAGUUCUUCACCUAUCUGGCGUUCUUCAACAGCGUUGCCAACCCCAUUCUCUACGUCAUUGUUGGAAAAAACUUCCGGAAAAAAGUCAAGGAAGUUUUUCUGCAGAGAAACUAUAAAUGGAGUCCAACCAUGACUUUCAGAAGUUCAAGAACAAAACUAUCAUUUAUGCAUCCCUCUUAGUUCUGACUUAAUGUGCAUUCAGCUCACUUCCUCUACCAGACGUUUUUAAUUCAGGUAUGUAUUUAAGCUAUUUCAAUGUUUUAUCAUAAACAUUUGGUGGGUCAUUCAGAAUUUUUGUUGGUUUCAUCAUUGUGAAUUACUGAGUAAUUCAAGUAUUGCAGCCAAACCUUUAGUCAGAAGUGUAAUCUGAAAACUAAAUAUGAAACAAAACGAUUUGCCCUAAAACAGAUGUAACACCUCACAGAGAGCGAUCCAAUCCCACGUCUCUCCAGGUGGGAUUGGAGAGAAGAUGUUUAUCCAGCCAGUUUGACUUCAUGCUUCCAAAAGCUUUUUAUAACUUCUUAAGAAAAAAAGAUUCUAACAAAUAUUAAAGCAUGUAGCUGCAGUUUGACCAUCUUAAAUAAUCACUGCAGGCCACACCGUUCUCCUAAAUUAGAGCUCAAACUUGAUGCAAUCUGCUUAGAUAGAAAACUUUUAACCCAGUUUGAAUAAACAGAUUAAUGCGCUUUUUGACAGAUGAAUGUAGAUCAACUGGAAUGGAUGUAACUAAACUGACUUUUCUUGAAAAGUGCCUCAUUAUUGCUUUUUUAUAAAUUGUGCAAUGUAAAUAAACUGACAGGAACUGAAUAAAAAACCACAACAGGCAAUCAAAAACAUGAGUUAAUAAUAAAAAUCAAAAAGGAGAAAUACCUUGAGAUGUAUAAAAGUGAGGAAGGAGCAGCAGAUCAGACAAAUGACAACUUUAGAGCUUCACUUUAAGUCUGAGGGAACAGAGAUGAAACGUUUUAACGUCUCACUGUUUCCAUGAGCAGAACUUUGGCAAAGACAGGAGGAGAAAAUGCAAAACUAAACCAUGAGGAAACCGCACACGUUUUCUCUCAGCUGCGUUCAGGUUCCUGCUGGAACUCAGAAUGAAGCUGUUUGUGUUUAGAUUAGAAAGUUUUGAAAGGUUUCAUCACAUGAUGUCCAAAAGGUCAAAUAAUACAGAGAUAAUUUUCUGAAGUUUUGUUUGAUAUUCAGCAACAAGGCAACAUGUUCAGGAUCCCUGCAGGGACAAGCACAUCUGGACGUCAGAGACGUUGUAAACUUCAUAUUUAUGUCUCAGGAGAACAGAGAAAUCUUGUUCCUGUUUACAAUUUAUUUUUUUACUGAAGCUUGUUUUCCUUCUCAUAAACUCCAAAGGCUGCUCAAUAGUCGACAAAACUGUAAGGGAUCCCAACAGAUCCUAACAGAUCCCCAGGUGAAAGAUUCCAUAUUUAUUUUCUAAAUAAAAAUAACAGCAGAAACCUACAUGGUUGUAAUAUUUUAUUUUUGACUCUAUUAGUCUGGAGAGAAGAGCUCAGCUGAACGGUGUCAUUCAUAGAUUGGACAUCGCGUUUAUUGCUCCAGUCGCAGAAGUGAUGCAGACAUCAGAGCUGCCUGAUAAUUAAGCAGCGUCACCAGACAGGUCUCAUAAUUAUAGAAGUAAUGGCCUGAAGUGAAGCUAAUGGAAGCAAUCAGUCAAAGCGAUGGAAGCAGGAUUUCUGUGUUUAAAAGCUUCUACUGGUUGCUAUUCCAUGUGUGUUUAUUUUAUGAACUGUUUUGUAUCUGGAUGUUUGUUGUGACAUUAACUCGUAUUACUGAAUCCAUCCAGAUUCAGUAGAAAUACUCUGUGGGAUAUCGCUUCACGUCUCACUGCAAGACAUGUUGUUCUGUCAUGCAGAUAAAAGUGAGCGGCUUCCUGCAGCCAUGAACUCACAGGAUGGGCAUGUUGCUCUGCAGAAUCGGUUUGUUCUCUUAACUUUGAAUUCUUUCGAUUCCCUGGCAUGACUCUGAAUCACUUCCUCUGAACCUGAGAACGCUUUGGUGGAACAACAUCUCAGUAACAAAAUGGUUGGCAUUACAACUGUUCUUGUAUUUACUGUGAAGUUUUAAAUGUGUCUCUUUGCUGAAUGAAGAAUGUAAAAUGAUCUUGUUUUGACUUUCAUCCACUGGUUAAUCCGUCUGUAAACAGUUUUCUCUGGUGAAAUACCAUCAACAGGAUGAUGGAAGGAGGCUCUGCCUCUUUUUAAAGUGUCAAUAUUUCUGUUUUUCCAUCUAAAGUGAAUUUUUCA